AUGCCUUACGAGAUCGGACUGAGCACGCCCAGCGUGCCCAACCGGGGCUUCACCCUAUGGAUCUGGAGCGUCAUCAUGGUCAUUCUGGCCGGCCUCUUUGUGCUUGCCAGACUGUUGAUCCGAUUCCACAAUCGCUGUCUAGGUGUGGAUGAUUGGACUAUUCUCGGUUCGUUGAUCAGCUCCGUGCUCCUCUCCAUGACCGAAUGUUCCGCGGUGCACUAUGGCUAUGGAAAACGCUCUGCAGACCUGGAUCAGCAUCAUCAGGUAAUCGCCCUCAAGUGGUUCUUUGCAGCCCAGGUGAUGUACAAACUUGUCCUUGGCAUCAGCAAGGUCUCUUUCCUGUGCCUGUACUUGCGCAUCUUCAUCCAACCCAACAUCCGCCGAAUCUGCUUUGGAGGCAUCAUCUUUGUCAUCUGCUGGAGCCUCGCCUACACCUUGGUCACCAUAUUCCAAUGUAACCCAGUCGCCUCUUUCUGGGACAAAACCAUCAAGAACCCCAAGUGCGUCGAUCUCGAGGCGCAAUGGAUGUCCUAUGCCAUCAUCAACAUCCUCAGUGAUGUGGCCAUCCUCACCUUGCCCAUAUACCCAAUCUCCAAGUUGCGGCUCUCCCGCGCGAAAAAGGUCGCCUUGGCCGUCAUUUUCGGUCUUGGUCUGUUUGUUUGUGUCACGAGCAUCAUUCGUACCACGACCCUCGCCGAGUCAGCCGAGAGCACAGACCCAACCAGCGGACCAAUUCCCGCAACGAUCUGGAGCGUCAUCGAGGCUAAUGUCGGCAUCAUCUGUGCCUGCCUCCCGGUCUACAAACAGCCGCUUCAAUAUCUGCUCCCCAAGCUUUUCGGCAAUUCUCAGCAGAAUACCGGCCCGCCGAGCGGGGGCAAAUCUCGUCGCAAGACACCCGCAGAUUUGUCUGAGGGUAACCUGCAAGAUCCUGAUGGCAAUGCUUGGAGGAGGUUCCGCGGGGACCGAAGCAGUUUCUCUAACAACGUGUCGACUCACCGGUUUGAAAUGUACCCUGUGGAGACCGACAAAUCAUACAAUCGUGAGAUUACCCAGGUGACGCAUGUCAAGGUGACGUACCAGGACGACCAAAGGUCGGAUGCGUCGUCGAGGCCCUUGGGGCCGAGGGAGAGCUUUUAG